AUGAUUAAGGUGAUAUCUUUGGGGAACCGGGUAGCCAGAGCACCGGCAACCCGUCGUGUUUUUAGCGAAAAAUGCAGCGCACACGGGACCCGCACUCCUCUCAGGCCACAAGCUUGCAGACAGCAGCAGCAGCAGCAAUGGGCGCUGCGAUCCCUCACUCGAGAAUUCUCCUCCCGAGGUAGAGGCAGAGCAUCGCGGCAACACCGGUGGCAGGAGCGCCAACAGCAGAGGGUGCGGAAGGCCAAUAAGGGGACCGCGGGAGCGUGCGGUGCGGCCGUGUUGGCGGGGGUGGUGAUCUGGCAGGUGAACCAGGAUGAGGCGCCCUACACGCAUCGGAAACGGUUCAUGAUUAUCUCCAGAGACGGGGAAUUCUUGAAGGGCAUCUCCAAGAGUAAUUGGGCCUCCGUGAAGGAGGAGUGCGGCCCUAACAUCCUGCCCAGCACACACCAGGCUACGCAAACGGUGGAGCGGAUCGGCAAACGGAUCGCACAGGCAAGCGGGCUCAAGGGGUGCACGUGGGAGUUCAUCGUCGUGAGAGACGACAGCAUGAACGCCUUUGUGCUGCCCGGCGGCAAGGUGGUGGUCUUUACCGGCCUUCUCGAAGUUACCCCUAACGAGGACGCCUUGGCUUCGGUGCUGGGGCACGAGGUGGGACAUGUUGUCGCCAACCAUGCAGGAGAGAAGCUCAGCAAGAGCUUCUUGAAGGAAGGCCUGCUGCUGCUGCUCUUCGCUGUCACGGGGUUCGAGUACUUUGAUGUGGCGAGGUCGAUCGGCGGCCUGGUGUUCGAUUUGCCCAACUCUCGUGAGAUGGAGCUCGAGGCUGACUUCAUCGGCCUUCAGCUGAUGUCCAAGGCUUGCUUCGAUCCACACGAGAUGCCCGAGACGUUCGGCCGCAUGGAAGCGACGACGAAGGAAAAGGGCAUCUCGAAGGGGCCGGCGUACCUGUCCACGCACCCCGCAGACGCUGAGCGGAUCGCGAAGCAGAAGGAGUGGAUGGACUCCGCCAUACAGACGCGCCAGCAAUCGGGUUGCCGGGAGCUGCAGGAAUGGCGCGCCAUGUCUUGACCGCGCAGUAGUGAACUCUUCGGUUUCUUUCGCCGCAGCUGUUGACAUAACGCCUUUCUCCGGGGCAUGGCCCUUGGACGAUAUGGCGGUCUUGUUUAGUUCCAGUGUAGCAUCCCGGUCCUAAGUAGGAUUGUUUGUUAUGUGCUGUGUUGCGCGCGGACGUCGACGUUAUGUGAUAACACGUACGAGGGGAUCGGCAGUUAAAGUGGUUGGGGUCAUGUACCGGAAACUGCGUGAUCUCUGAAAAUUGCUUGCGGUUUGCGGUGAUUCGGUUUUUCGAAGGUGUCGUUCGAAACGGUGACCAUUCCUGUCCCCGCCCUGUCACCACAUCUAUCUGUUGGCCCCCUCCUGUAUUGCCGCGAAUGAAUGCGUCUAGACAGCAGUUGAGCCCCUCAAAAUGUAGAGAUAGUUGUUCUGUGAGCCGUCGGUUGUGCCGUGUUUCUCGACAUAUCCGACAAAUCGGACGUUAUUGGUCGUGAUACAGAAAGACGGGGGCCUGAGAAAAAGGUUCCACGCGCUUGUGCAUUGGAGAAUUUCUCGAGAAUUUUCUUGUGGAGGUUUGAAAAGAAAAGUGGACGGCAUGUAUCUAGAGAUCUGGUGCAAUGGGUGAGUGCGUGGAUGUUGUAAUAUAUGUUCGGAUGUUGGUCAAAUAUCUGCUGCUAGGUCUUGGCGGAAAUUCUACGGUAGGUACAUAGUGAUACCAUAAGUACCCCACGGCCAGCGAAGUAGAGAAUUUAUUCGGCUAGGACACCACAAACAGGUUAUAUGCCUGCCAACCCCCGUGAUCUUAAGCAUCGUCGAAAAUAUUUCUUCGAUGCGGUCUAGGUCAAGAGCUCAAAACUUCGAGUACUGUUGUAGGCGUGACAUUCGUCCCGGAGUACUGUAGUUCGCCUUCCUGAGUGACAACGAGGGAUGUGCAUGACGAA